GGUGAGCCAUCGCCCUGCUAACUGUGUCAUGGCGGUUUGACUUGUUAAAAGUUUUUUUUUGCAAUAACUCACUAGUUAAUGUGCUUUUUAGCAAUUUGAUCUUUGAUUUACAUAAUUAAUAUAACGUCAUAUAACAUAGUUAAUAAUGCGCGAAUACAAAAUAGUCGUGUUAGGUAGCGGAGGCGUGGGAAAGUCUGCCCUUACAGUACAGUUUGUACAAGGUAUCUUUGUGGAGAAAUACGACCCCACCAUAGAGGACAGCUAUCGAAAACAGGUGGAAGUCGAUGGCCAACAAUGCAUGCUCGAAAUUUUGGACACCGCUGGUACAGAACAAUUCACCGCAAUGAGAGACCUGUACAUGAAGAAUGGACAAGGUUUUGUGUUAGUGUACUCGAUCACAGCACAGUCGACAUUCAACGAUCUUCAAGACCUGCGAGAGCAGAUCCUGCGAGUAAAGGAUAAGGACGACGUACCUAUGGUCCUAGUGGGCAACAAGUGUGAUUUGGAGGCGGAACGCGUGGUCGGUAAGGAACAGGGCGGGAAUCUAGCACGCCACUUCAACUGUGCGUUCAUGGAGACCUCGGCGAAAGCUAAAAUCAACGUCAAUGAUGUUUUUUACGAUUUAGUACGACAAAUCAACAAGAAGUCGCCCAAAGAGGAGAGAAAAGUAAGGAAGAAUCGAGUGUGUCGUCUCCUGUAAGUGUCGCAGAGCCUCAGACGCGUCUAGUUAUACAAUAUUUAAUAAUUUGAAAGACUUCUCGUACCCGGAUUUGGCUCUCAACAGUUCCCAAAGUUAACUAGGUCCAGGUGUUAAGCGUACAGCUUUGUUGCACCUGUAGCAUUUUGUUGAGCUGUGUCGUGAUCCAGUGCUGAUGAAGCACGAGUUGAAAAUGCACAGAGCAUCGUGAAUAUAUCCUCAUUCUUAUCCCUUUUAUUACAAAUCUGAUUCUUUGUUUUUAAAGUGCAGUACGCUCAAGGAUAGAUUCAACGAUUCUGUGUGUGUUUCACUCUAGAAAUUCCAAAUGUAAUGAGUGAAUGCUGUUAGGUUCAGAAGUUAAAUAGUUAUUGUAUUUGAUUCUGUGGCAAUGGUGGCCAUUUUCAAUAUAUAUUAUAGAAUAAUAUUCUUCAAUAGGUAAAUGACAUGCAAUAAUUAUAAUAAUUCAUUUAUCUAAUAAUUGUUGAUUAAAGAUGUAGUUGUCAUGGACCAAUAAUUUAGGCCACAUCCAAAUGUCAUCUCUUCAAAACUAACUAAUGUUGUUCUAUUAAUAAUGCCAAUAACAAUGCUAAGUUCAGCCAGUAUAAUAUGUCAUGCCUUGAACAGGAAAGUGACAACGGGUAAUUUACCAUGACAUUAUCUUUCAAGGACAUUCAAAUAAACUUAAUUGUUACACUGUUUUUAUCCAUUUUAUAAAUUUGUCUACUGUAGUGUUAAUUGUUGAAUCCAUUUAUUAUAAAUAUGUAUUUUACUAUCAAAACGAUUCAUCAUUCUGUCUGAACAUAGCGAUGUGCUAAAACGUGAUUUAUUUUCUAGUUGUCUAGUAUUGUAUUGAUUGCACUAAUUAUAACGAGAGCCUCAACUUCUGAACACUUAGAAUGAAAGUUGAAUUAGCAGGCUCCGAACGGAGCCGAGAUAUGUGCCAGCAGGCCUGAACCAGCAUGUAAGUAAUGUUUAAAUAAUUAAGGAUACAUUAAAUUUUUUCAGAUAU